AUGAAUGUUGUUAGCAGGGCGGUUCUGGUUCUGAAGCCAAAACAUAAAAAACGUAUGUCUUGCAUUUCAGUGCUAUUUAUCCGAACUAACUGGAAUUCUGUAGCAGUCAAAGAUGAGAACCGUGAAAAGGACGUCGAUCAACACCGAGAACAGUCAAGAAGGGAUAAAGAUGAGCAGAAAAAAAAGGCGAAGGCAAAGAAGAAGCACGGAGACAAUGCGGACCGAGAUGAUUAUGAUAGAAAUCGGAACGAUGAUAGAGGCUGA